UCUAAAUGACAUAAUAACCUUAAUUAACUCUUCACAAAUAUGUGGUGAAGAGUUUUCUGACGUGUAGAAUUUGCACUUAAAUAUAACUGCUGGAGUUUGAUGGAAAUCAAAAGUGCUCAUUUUCUGAAAAAACGUGAAGGAGCAAAACUACUCAACAAACUAUAGCUUUUUCAGUUCUUACUGAGUAAAGAUGACAACGGUGCCAGCAUUGGCAGAGCUAAACUUCGUUGUGAUUCCUUUACUUUCUACAAGUCACCUUAUACCGCUGGCGGACAUGGCCAAAUUGUUAGCGCAGCAAGGAGUGACAGUCACGUUAGUCACGACAGCUCUAAAUGCCGCCAGAUUCACUGCAGCAAUUGAUCGUGCCAUUCGUUCUGGACUCGUCAUUCGGGUAGUGGAGCUCCAGUUUAAAGGUAAGGAAGCAGGACUUCCAGAGGGGUGUGAAAACCAUAAUGAUGUGCCUGGUCUGAACUAUCGAAGACAGUUCUUUGCUGCAAUUGAUAUGCUCCAAGAACAGACUGAGAAAUUACUUGAAGAUAUGAAGCCUAAACCGAGUUGCAUUAUUUCUGAUGCGUAUGUUGCUUGGACAGCUGAUAAGUUUCAGAUUCCAAGAAUUGUUUUUGAUGGAAUGAGUUGCUUCAACCAAAUGUGUAAGCAUAAUAUGUACAUCUUGAAGGAUCGAAACAAAAUUUCUGAAUCAGGGACUUUUGUCAUACCUGAUUUGCCAGAUAGAAUUGAAGUCACUAAAGCUCAGCUGCCUGCCCAUUUCAAUCCAGCAGGAGCAGUUUUCAUACAAGAUAUUCGUGACAAAAUAAGAGCAGCUGAAAAAAGAGCAUAUGGGGUUGUGAUCAAUACUUUCGAGGAGUUGGAACAAAGGUAUGUAGACAAAUUCCGAAGACUUAAACAUGGUAGAGUUUGGUGCAUUGGACCUUAAUCUCUUUGUAACAAUGACAAUCUUGAUAAAGUUCAGAGAGGGAAUAAGGGAUCAUUUGACAAAGAGGACAUUUUGAAGAAAUGGCUUGAUUCUUGGGAGCCAGAGACUGUUGUGUAUGCAUGUUUUGGGAGCCUUGGUCGUAUUACAGUAGUACAAUUUGUGGAGCUUGCUUUAGGCCUGGAAGCAUCAGGUUAUCCAUUCAUUUUAGUCAUAAAAACAGGGGAAGGACAAGCACCAAUAGAGGAGUGGAUAUCGAAAAAUGGAUUUGAGGAAAGAACAAAAGAAAGAGGGCUUUUGAUACGCGGAUGGUCACCACAAGUAGUAAUUCUAUUACACCCUGCAGUUGGUGGGUUCUUGACUCAUUGUGGUUGGAAUUCAACUGUUGAAGGGAUUAGUGCUGGUGUACCUUUGAUCACAUGGCCUUUAUUCGCCGAGCAGUUUCUUAAUGAGAAGUUAUUAGAACAUGUAUUGAAUAUAGCUGUGGGUGUUGGAUCUCAGGCAAUUGUGCAUUUGGGGGAAGAAGAGAAGUUUGGAUCCCAAGUGAGCAACAAAGCAGUGACGGAUGCCAUUAAAAAGGUGAUGGACAAGGAGAAAGAAGGAAACAAGAUUAGAAAAAGAGCUAGGGAGCUUGGAGAAAUGGCAAAAAGAGCUGUAGAAGAUGGUGAAUCUUCUCACCUCAAUGUCAUUCUUUUAAUCAAGGAAAUACAAGAAUUCCAACUGAACCAAUCUGCUAAAAAUGCACUUGUUGAUUAGAAAAUGUUACGAUUGUUAUUUCUGUUUCAUGUUUGUGUUUCGUACGAAGGAAGUCAUUUAUUUCCUAUGUGUUAUGUUGUUUGGUUGGUGAAUGAAAAAUAUUUUUAAGACACAAUAUUGACUGCAUUUGCAAUUAUAUUCCUACACAGCAAUGAAAUUGCUGUAUGAACAAGAAAGCGC